AGCAGCUUUAUCCCACCAGUGUUACUCACAGCUAGAGGAAACCCUCACUCUCCCAAGACACCCACAUACACACGUUCACUCACACGCUCUCUCACAUACUCACACCAGCUCUGCGUACAGAGGAGGCAUGGCUGCGUCUGCUGGGACAGCAAAUGGACCCUGGAGAAGGAUUGCUUUGGUGCUGGUGGCCUACUCUCUGCUGCUGAAUGAUGGUGCAGUCUGCCAAGACACCACAACCAGCAUACCGAUCUCUGAAAGUUCAGCAACCGAUCCCGCAACACAUAAUGGUGUAAUUCCAUCUACGGCGGAAUCAGGCAGUAUCAUCAGCGCUGCUACUGCAGCAGCAAAUGACAUUUUAGGGGACAGUCAAGGCACUGCAGAUAGCCAGAGUACAGCUGCUGAUUCAGCUGGCACUAUCCCGUCCGUUACUACCACCUCCGAUGAAAGUAACAUGAUCACAACUGGCAAGAGCUCAGCAAACAGCGAGACACAAGCCGCCAAGACCACCAUCUCCUCAGCAGGCCAAAUGAGCCUGACCACAGCAAUGCUGACCGGUGUCUCAAAAAGUGACAUUGCAAGCGCGACCCCUUCCAGUUUCGACGUGACAGUGCUUGCCAAGGAGGGCGGAGACACAGAGAUCAUGGUAGAGAGUGAACCUCAGGAAAACAUCCGCUGUGUGGAAUCAGUCAAAGACGAGGAUGCAGUGCACGUGUGGCUGCAGGAAUCAUCCAGCUGUGAGAACACCAAGGAGAAGUUACAAGAAGUUGUAGGAAUGCUGUGUGGAAAUGACUGCAAACUUGAGCUCUUCCAAGCUGAUAGUUCCGACAAACUCAUUGUUAGAGGCGAAAAUGUUUUAGCUGCCCCAAACACCAUGGCUGAAAUGUUUAAAAAUGAGGAGAUUAAAAAUAAGCUGGGUGUGUUGGAUGCACAGGUCUCCUGGGGCAAGCGCCCACCCACUGUCCUGGUGUCCCUAUUGCUGGCUGGGUUGUUCCUGUUGGUCGCACUCCUGGGGGGCUACUGUUUCAAGAUGCACCGGGCCCACAGCUCUAAGGGCAUGAGGCUGGCAGAGGAGUCCUACCAUGGAGAUGAGGAGAACCAAGCCAACACCUUGGUUUCUGUGGCACCCCUCAGCCAGCCUGAGCCUCAGGAGAAGCCCAAUAUCAAUGGAGAGUCCCCCGAUAGUGGCAAGACUCAGCCACCAGCUGCAGGAACUGGGAGUGCUACAACCAAUGGCCACUCUGCCACCAAGACUCCUGUGGCUGAUACAGAACUUUGAGCCUGACAUCUUCUUCACUGACCCUGACACAAUGGAACAGGAAGCACCACGCCCCCUCCACACUUCAUCGCUGAUGACAUAACUGACCCUGCCACUACAUUUCUUGCCCAAAUCCUGCACCUCAAGACCCUUACAUCCAAAGGUUUUCUCUGUGGGACACUUUAUGAGGAGAGCCAGAGAGCAAUCUCAAAAUGAUGUCUAUGAAAAUGACAGUAGCAACAAUGUCAAAGCUGAUGAUGAUGAAGAUGAUGAUGGUAUUUAAUGUGAAGAAACCCCUCUGCAUCACACCCUUUCAAAGGAUGACGGGCUUGGAAGCACUGGAGCCGGCUGGAGGGCUGCAGCGUAACUCAUGCACAGCAGCUGGAAUUGAGCUAAUUUCAGUAAUAUGACCCCAGCACUCGACGAGAGGACCUGAUCUUUUCACUGUGUUUUCUACUAAAUUACUAAAAAUGUUUCAUUCUCAUGCUUGGUCAAGAGACAACAGAAUUGCAACCCUCUUGACUACCUAGUAAUUACAUGUGUUGCACGCUGUCAGGAAGUGGUCAGUGGACAGAUUUCUUGGUGACAAAUCAAAGGAUCUCCUUCUCUGCAUGUCAGAACAAAUUAACAAAUUAAUUUUUGGAAUUUCUUUUUUACGAUUGAAGUUGUAAAAAUCAGACAACGUAGUGACCAGGGGAGACAACCUUGAAGAGUAGAGGCCGGGUUGGCAAAACCUGAUUGAUAUCUUGGUGGUGCUUAAUCAGUGUUGCCAGAAAACCUGGAAAAGGUGAACAAGGAAUACAUAUCCCCUUCAUUACAGCAAGAUCAGUCAACAUGCCAUCAUGGAGAGCCGCAUCUCCCAUGCAGCAGGGUGGGUUAUCCACCAUUGCUUAGCUGCAGUGCCAUUGUCAAUAUCUGAAAUUUCACACGACUGGCUUGUAAGUCCUAUACCCUAUCUGCUGGAGUUAAAGCUUCUCUCCAUGAGGCAUCAAGCCAUUUCUGUCAGUAUUACAUUCUUGUCUACUAUCUUAUGUAAUGUCAUAGUCUACUCCACUAUUUUAUUGAUAAUUGUCUUAAUUAUGUAACUUUUAGUUUGACUUUUUGGGGAUUGACUUUAACUACUGUAAAAAUAUCUGUGAGAUAAGUUGAGUAAACUAGCCACAAAGAGAGAUCAUGAAAGAGGAAUGGGUCAUCUCUGUGUGAGCGUGCUCAGUGACAGGUUUUUCUCUGCUUUUGAUGUUCUAAUGCCGAGCGCAAACUUUCAUCACAAAUUUCGAAACCGGUACUCCAUUCUUAGGUCCUAGUUUUCAGAGUCCCAUCUGCCUGUUGUUCUUGACUCAUUCUGCCUUGAUGCCCACAUCAAACAAACAUCUUGCAUCCUCCUUUUCCCACCAGCUGCGGAAAAGUGUCUGACAGCAGCUCAACAGUAUCACCAGCCAUCCUCCCAGAUACCUAUGGAAGCUCUUCUUGCCCCUCAGGCUUAAGAGAGUGGUUGAGACUUACAAACCCACCCAUGCAAAUGGACUUCAGAGGUAACAGCGGCAAAAAAUAUCUUUUCGACAAUCUUUUUCAAAGGAAAAAAUAUUUCAAAUAGAUUUUCAUUGGAAAGUGCUAUUUUUGAAGAUGAAAACAAUUACCGUGCUAUAAUAUUAGCUGCACAUUGAUGAAAAUCCCUUUGAAAUAAACAUUCUCAGGUUCUAAGAAGCCAUUCCAUUUAUGUGGAUGCUAGUUUUUGAGCAUUUUCUUUUGUUUUUUCUCUUGUCAGCAGAUUUCUUUGGCUUAGUUUAAUGAGUUCAUUUACACAGAUGUGUUGCUAUCCCUUUCUGUACAUUUUCAUUUGGUCUGUCUAUUAUUAGUAAAUUGCUAGAUGCACUGUUUGAUAUCCAAUGAAUUCUUUAGACGUGUUGUUUUCAUUAUGUACAAUCUAAAAAGUAACACUUGAGGAUUUCAAAAGCAAACUAUAAAUAUCACAUCAAGGUAACUUUUGAAUAAUAAUUUAAGGGCAUGUGUCCACAGUCACAUGGCCUUAAAUUAUUAUUAAAUUAUUAAAUUAUUAAAGAACCAAACAACUCUUUUGGGAUACGCUAAUAAACCAAAGUCGUGACUUUGUGAAUUCAGUUGGUCACAUAACCUGACAAGCUAAUUUUACAAACAUUUAAUUAAAAAGGGCUUUAUUUUUCAUUUUCUUUUUUCAUUUUUUACAUUUCAGGACCAACUUUUCAUUUUAAUAGCAGCCAUUUAAACUGUUAGACUUCUCUUUAUUUGUGUUCUGGAUAGUAUUGAAUGCUGAAAAAUAGAUACUUUUUUAAAGAACAAAGGCAUUGUUUCAUGAAACUUUGUAUGUGUAAAUAAAAUCGCCACGUCCCGGUGUAGUGCUUCAGGUCUGUAUGCCACAUACAGUAAAGUAUGAUUAUGAGUGAA